UUUUGGCAAAUGGCUUUGGACACUGAACAUUGAACAGUUGAAUGGCUCGCACUUCAAACCUGUCAAGGGCUGCCAUUGUAAUAAGAGCGCAUUGCUUCUUUCGGCCAAUCUGCCAUUCUGGUCCCAAUGUGGUCGCCAAGCAUCAGCCGCUUGAGCCCCGUUUCACAGCACUUGGCAUAUCGCAGAAACGUAUUUGAGCAAAUGUACGAAGCUGCUGUUCUGUAUUAAGAGAUGGUCUCCGCUUUCAUUCGGAAGUACCGCUCUUGGAACCCCGUGCACCCAACCGCUGGGGCUUUCUGGGGCUUUGGUUUAGGCGUGGGCUGCGGCGUGGGCGUUGGACCGGGGUUUGGCCCAGAAGUCAUCGGUUAUGUUGGGGCUGGCUGCGGUCUUGGGUUUAGUAUCGGGUGGACGGCGGUUGGCGUCGGAAUCGGCUUGCCUUGCCAAGGGAUAGCGGCCCUACCUCUGGAAGCCGUCGGCGGAGCGUCGCUGGGGGCCCUCGCUCUCACCCGCGUCCUCCUGCUGCCGGCGCUUACGAGCGGCCCCCGUCGAAUCCAGUGGCUCGCCGAGAGAGGAAGGAGCGCCGUGCUGCCAAUGGUGGAAAAGUUUGUAGUGGGGGGGGCGCUUUCGACGCGGGCCGUCGAUCAGUUGAAGAGGUGGCAAAGGGCGCGGGCGAACGACAGGCAUAGGCGGAUACAAAGGCUGGAGGCGGAUCUGAAGCGGUUGAAAGACGAGGAGGUGCGGUGGGAAGAGGAACGGACGAUUGUGAGGAAAAAGUAGGGCUUUUGCGGCGGUUCUGAGUUUGAGACGCCGUGACGAACGAGAAAGCGGUCACGGUGACUGCGUUUGUAGCGUUUUUGAUGUUUGCAAGGUGUUGACGAUGGAAGCGGUUCCUAGAACCGAUGGGACGACGUUUGUAUCAGAGUUGUACGGUAGAAAUCAAGGUCCUCAAGCUUUGUGGAAAGACGAAGGCUCGCUGUACGUUAGGUGCAAAGAGGGCACCCAAAGAAGAGUCCGUACCCAAGGUUAGUUGCAAUUGAGCGGCCGCAGCCGGCUGGUCUGCACUUCGAUGUGAUGCUUUCCAAAUUUCUGCAUCGGGCCAACCUGCUGAUGUGGAUCGUUGGUCAGCCCAGUAGCGUUCACUAAAGUGGUUGUGUAGAUAAAGUCGCAAGUUCUGAAGAGGUCGGGGUCUAGAGAGAUUCGAAUAGUGAGCAAGCAAGCUUGAAUAAAUGUCCACCAAAGUACCUGUACAUAGUCUAUUGUAAUCAAAGGACAGGCCCCCGUGCAACCCACGACUCGUGCCGUGCAAUGCAUCGACUGUAUUCUGAUUGGAG